UUAUAUUAAUCUCUCUUCAUCGCGUUCCAUUAUUACUUUGAUAUUCAAAUCUCUAUUAAUGGACUACUUUAAUAGCAUGGGAUACAGAUUCCAUCCAACAGAAGACGAAAUCAUCCACCAUUUUCUUGAAUCAAAGAUGAGGGAUGGCACUGAUUUUUCUACUGUUAUUAAGGAAGUCGAUAUUUGCAGCUUUGAACCUUGGCAAUUACCUGAGCAUUCACCAUUCCCCUCGGAUGAUCAAGAGUGGUACUUUUUCAGUGCAAUUGCUUAUAAGUAUGCCAAGAGUAAACGAAUGGAAAGAACAACUGGGGCUGGAUCUUGGAGAGUCACAGGUAAAGAUCGCGAAAUCUACGACGAAAACACUGGCCAACUCAUUGGUAAAAGAAAAACUUUGGUUUUUUACCAAGGUCACGGUUCUAAUGCCAUUAAAACUUGUUGGGUGAUACAUGAAUAUCAUUCCGAGACUGCUCGUUAUUAUCAGUUACUUAUCUGUUCACCUUUCUUGCUUACCUUUUUGUUUUUAUUUUAG